GGAUCCAACUAUAUAAACCAUGGUAAAGGGAUUGAAGCUUUCUCAUCGAACGAACUCUCCCUCUCUUUCGAUAUAUCAAACACCAUGUACUUCUCUCUCGCUUUUAUCCUUUCUGGCUUCGCGCUCAUCAGCCCUGUCUUGUCAGAGAUUUGCGAAGGGCAGGUCACUCUCAGCGAGUCUUAUAUUGGCGUCGACAAGAACGUCAAGGUCGAGACUGUAUCAUGCCCUGAGGGGACUCUCGCCAGGCGUGGCGACGUAGUAUCCCGCCAAGCUUCUGUCACGAAUGUUUGUGGAGCGCAGUGCAACACAUUCUGUUUCACUCCCAGUGGGGGUGGCCCGGAUCCCAAUGAGUGCCAUGUAAUUGCUGAUGCACUCCGCUAUGAAAGUGUAAACACUGGAAACCUCUUCGAUAUUGCUAAUGGCACAACUGGCAACGUUGUCGUCAUGAUUUAUAACAGCUGUGAAUCCUUCUUCGCCAAUCAAAUUAAUGGGGUCAUGGAGUAUUGUCGUGAUGAUUGGGCAUCUGUCAUUGACUGGGUGGCUCCGAACUGCCAGUCUACCCAGAAUGCACAUGGUGGAGACUGCCUCGCCGCCGACGGAACAUGGUUUAUCCAGGUUCAGCAUUCCAGUUAAAACAGUAGGAUGAAAGUAACAAUACAAGGACAGCGAAUUUUAUGUGUUAAAUGAAAGAAUUGCGCGUACUUGGACAUACGUAGUACCACUUCGUCUUUCUCGUUACCGAUUAACAAUCGAUAUGAUUAAACUAUAUUUCCUUUCCUGCAAAGAAAUACAAAGGAGAUAAAAGCAAGCUACGGACAUUAAAGAAAUCGCUACAAUGUUCGCUACCCCAGCUGGUCUCAUUCCAAGCAAAAUUCAG